GUGAAAGACGAGCGGAGGGCUCAGGAGGUGUUCGACCUGGCUGACUACGAGCGCUCGGAGGAGCUGAGGAAAGCAAAGAGUCGCAGCAAGAAGAACCACAGUCGCUUCACUCUGCUGCGCUGCAGACAGCCGGGAAACACCGUUCCUAACCUCAUGUUUCUGGCGGUGAGUCCGGAGGAAAAGGAAUCGUGGGUUAAUGCCCUCAAUGUGGCAAUCAUCAAAGCCAAGAACCGCAUUUUAGAUGAGGUGACCAUCGAGGAGGACAGUGCACUGGUUCAUCCCACCAGAGACCGGGCAAAGAUCCCUCAUGGCCGCCGGCUGCCGACCAGAGGACACCUCAUGGCCGUGGCGUCCACCUCCUCCCAUGGCAUGCUGACCCUCGACCUGGUUGCCGAGGAGGACAGUUUCUCCCCGGACUACGACUCCCGGGAAUCCUGGGAGAACUUCCAGGUCGACCUGCAGAGGGGGGGUUCCUGUGGACAGGUGGCCGCCAUCGGAUCCUGGGGGGUCGGAGUUCGUCAGCGAGCCGGAACGGAUGUGUCGAAGCUGCGGGCGACCCCCAAGGAGCCCAAGGUGAAGACCAGCAGUCUGCCCAGGGGGAGUGAGCUGUCCUGGGGCAAACAGUCCUACCUGGAGGCCUCCAAGGUCCACAAGACCCAGCAGGUGCAGGUUGGGAAACUCUUUAACAUUCUGAUUCUUGUAGACCGUGAAUCAUUUGUUAGACAUGUUGGAGUGUUUUGCGAAAUUGUGAUGCCCCUACAUGGAAGGCCAUGGUUAUUAGGUGUUAACAAGCACCUUAAAAACAACAAAUAAAAAUUUAGAAAAACAAAAAAUGAAAUCGAGAGCGAAAUAGUGCGCUAGGUCUCUUGUAAGAGUGACCUGUUGCACAGACAAGUUUCUGUCACACACCCUCUGCUGCACGGCCGUGCAGGGGGGGGGGGGUUGCAUACACCCACACAUACACACACGCACACACUCACGUACGUGAGGUAUGCACAGGUGCACUCAUUGGACCGCGUCUGCAUUCCAGCACUGACGCCAUCAUGUCUAUGCACUCACUUUGACCUGGAUGAACAGUAUGGUCAUCCAGGAAUGACAAAACUUUAAGGGGGGGUUACCAUGACACUGUCAUGGCCCACGGAGGCACCAAGAAAGGGGGAGAAUAAAU